AUGGUGAAUCAUCAAACUAUAAAUGAUCGAAUGGAUUAUGGUGGUCAUGAUUAUAAAGAACCAUAUGGUUCAGCUGUCAAAUCGACAUUUUUCACCCAAGUAUUGGCAUUAUUAGCAAUGAUGCAAAAUACAAUGAAUAAUAUGAAUAAUAAUGAUUCAACAAGAUUUACAGCCGCUACUACAUUUGGUGGUCUUGGACGUCGUCGUCGUCGUCGUCGUCGUAAACGUUCAAAUAUGAAUGAAAUGGGCGAUAAUAUUCUACUUCCAAUGGAUGAUGAAACAAUUGAAAUUUUAUCACAACGUAUAUCACAUGCGAUCGAUCAAUUUAUUAUGGUCUAUGAGUUAUGACGGUCAAAAUCAUGUAUGGCAGCAUCAGCACCACCC